AUGAUGCUGUUUACACAUGCCAAAAGAGCCCUUAUCACUAAUUUCAUCAGAAUUAAAAGAGCUGAUAAAAACAUCUAUAGAAAUGUUUUCUUAUUAAAACAGCUAGGAACAUCAAAUUCUUUAUUUUUUUUUGGUCAAAAAAAUAACUUAUUUUCAACAGUUUCAUACAGGUUUGCCAAAAAACCAAAGAGUUCCAAAAAUAAAAAAAAAACAGAUGAACAACAACCUGCGGAUGCUGAAGAAACAGUUACUUUAAACAUCAAGGAUUAUCAGAAAAAUGUUGCUUGUGAAAUGAAUGAGAUUUUAGAGUUGCACAAAAAAAAGAUUAACGAAUCUAAAAUGGGAUUGAGCAAUCCGAAGAUCUUUGAUAAAUUGAUGGUUGGGAGCUCUAAAUUUGUUGAUGUUGCUACAACUACAACAAAGGGCCGUAAUAUGUUUAUAGUUACUGUUUUCGAUCCUAGUAACACUAAAAAUGUAAUUAGUGCAAUCCUGGGAUCUGGAAUGAAUUUAAAUCCAGAAAGACUGCCUGAUAACGAACAACAAUUGAAGAUUUCUUUACCACCAGUAACCUCUGAAAGCAGAAACAAGUUGGCCAAAGAAUUGAAGAGGAUUUUCGAAGACUUUAAAAAUACCAAUAAGAGUGGUUCUUUAUCCUCUGUAAGGAGCAAAUAUAUGAAGGAUUUAAAGGAAUUUGAUCAGAAAAAUCAGGAUGUUAAGAAAUGUAUUCAAGAAGUUGAGAAAAUACAUAAAGAUUUUGUUUCCAAGUUACAUGAACAGUUCAAACAGGCUGAGAAAAACAUUAUGAAAUAA